ACAGCUGAACUCAGACCGCUUUGUUAUUUACCUUGACAGGAGCCGGUUCUUUUCCAUGGCAUAAAAAUGAAAUAACCUCCUAGUUGCGGGUUGUUUAUAGCCUCAGUGGACUACUGUACCUGCAGCACAUGACACGCAAUGGAAAGAGAAGUGAAGGGAAACGCUGGCCAGCCUCUGACUGGCUGUAAUGACAGUGACAGGGUUGACCCCUACGGCUUUGAGAGGCACCAUGAUUUCGAAUCGUACAAGGAGAUGAUGAACGAGUACGUAGCCGUCCUCAACAGGAGGUCGGUGAGGUGGUCGAAGCUCCUUCAGGAGAAACCUCAGGUGGAGAAGAACUUGACAGUGAAGCGAUAUGUGCGUAAAGGCGUGCCGAACGAGCACCGUGCCAGGAUCUGGAUGGCAGCGAGCGGCGCUCAGGAACAACUGGAGCGUAAACCGGGUUAUUACCAGUCUCUGCUGGAGAUGGAGCAUGACGCCAAGCUGAAGGAAACCAUUCAAACAGAUAUGCACAGGACCUUUCCUGACAACAUCCUCUUCCGGGGCAGAGCUGAGCCGAGCCUGCAGAGGGCUCUGUACAAUGUGCUGCUGGCCUAUGGACACCAUAAUAAGACAGUGGGGUACUGUCAGGGGAUGAACUUCAUUGCAGGAUACCUGAUCAUCAUUACCAAAGAUGAAGAAAAAUCCUUCUGGCUUAUGGAUGCGCUGUUGGGUAAAAUACUUCCAGAUUACUACAGCCCGGCCAUGAUGGGGCUGAGGACUGACCAGGAGGUGCUGGGUGAGCUGGUGAAGGUCAAAGCUCCUGCGGUGGGACAGCUCAUGGCGCAGUAUCCUGGCAUAUGGACGCUGGUGGUGUCCCGCUGGUUCAUCUGUCUCUACAUCGACAUACUCCCAAUUGAGACAGUUCUGCGGGUCUGGGACUGUCUUUUCUACGAGGGGUCCAAGGUACUUUUCCGUGUGGCUCUGACUCUCGUCAUCCACCAUCAGACUGAAAUCCUGAGGGCUCGUUCGUUGCCCGAUGUGUGCAAGUGUUUCAAAGACAUCACCUGUGGAAGUUUCACUCUGGACUGCCACACCUUCAUGCAGAAGAUCUUCACUGAACCCGGGAGUCUGUCAAUGGCAACAAUUGAUAAACUGAGAGAGAAGUGCAGACAACAGAUACUGGAGGAGGAAUCGACACAGCCGUGAAGCCUGUCUCGCUGUUGAACUUUUACCAAAUGGACGUACUGGUGUCUGGUUCUAGAUACUUCUGCGAUAAGUUGAUAUAUUAUACUAUUCUCUAAUACCCAACAGAUUGAAUAUCUGCAUAUGAAGGGUGUGUUGAAAUUUUCGCUUCUUAGAAUAACUUUGCUGCUAAAUAUUUUAAGUGACUUUGCACGAGAUUCUUUGCAAAAAAAAAGUAUUUAAAUCUGUAACAUAUUUUUUUAAUUCAAUUAAUUCCAUCAUAUGGGACUAAUCAGGUCUGUGCUUGCUGUUAUGAUGAGGAAGUAAAAUUGUAUAGUCACGUUUUGGCGUGGUGGCUGCUAAUUUCAUUUCACCUUUUGUUGUUAACAGAAACCCAAUAACUUCCAUAAGCUGACAUUUACAGUCAUGAAUGAUCUCAAAUUGCCCCUGAAAAACAAAGAGGAAGAAGUCAUUUCAGUGUUAUAUGAGUCUUAAACAAUAGUUGAUUCAUAGUUGCUGCAUUUUAAAGUUAGAAAUCCUUUAGCACUCAGACAAAAGACCUGUUAAAGUUCUACUGUCCCAUUCAGAGACAGAUAAUCAUUUACUAUAAGCGAGGACUGGAGGCUACGUUCCUUUGCUGACAACAACUAAAAAAUCAGCUCAAAGCUGCUGAGACAGGUUCAGUUUAUAAACCCAUAAUAAAGUCUGUACUAUUAAUCGUUAAUAUGUUUAAAUCAAUUAAUACCAGAUAAACAACUUUACAUAUUAUAAAGUACAAGGGCCAUCUCAUUUCCUUCAUAGGAGCAAAACACACAGACUGAGAGUGUCUCUUUGUAAUUGUUACACAUUUCUUCAUUUUGCAAAUCUGACACACAAGUUACUGGAGAAGCCUGAAUCUGAAACAAGUAUUUCAACUCACGAAAUGUAAGAAUUGUGUCAACUGCUGAUAAGCAGAGAGAAAUACUAUAACCAAAUGGACAUAAAGACACUAGGUCUCCUCCGACCACAUCCAACAAAAGCCAAACGUGGGCUGUUGUAAAGUCACUCAUUUUACUUCAUUACUGAAUAUUCUUCUUGUAACAGACCUAUUUUAACUUUAGCUGCUUUUUAAUUUGACAGACCUUCUUGCACUUUUAGACACAUGCACAUUUAAGCCUCAAACCUCAAAACUGUCAUUUUACUCAUAAAAAUGAACAUUAUUUCUGAUUCUUCACACAAAAAAAUGUUGUGAUUCUGACUGUAUUAAAUACCACAAAUAUCACCAACCAACCAGGAACAGGUUUGACUGCUGAUGAACUGCAUACAGGCAAAACAAACAAACAAAAAAAAGUCACACACUGGCCUCCUUAAUUCACUUUUAUUGACCUCUCCUUUAAAAAAAAAAAAACAUUAAAACAUCAUUAAAUCAUUAUAUGGAUAUUAAGAUGAGGAAAAAAAAAAAAACAACACAAAAAACAUAAAUAUCAGUUCUUUCUUCUCCAUCAUCAAACAUUUAUGGUAGUAACAGUACAUGAAGGCUAUGUGAGACACAGAAAACGUCCCAUACAUGGCAGCGCAAAGUGUCAUUGAGGGAGUACCUAUGUGAUAUUGGCUUUUACUCGAAUCCCAUCCAUGUUUACAGCUGGGAAGGCACUGACGAACAUUGACCGGAGCAUUUUGGCAUCUGUAUUCAUUACAUCGGGGGCCGUCUCUCAGGACUUUCCUUCAGCAACCAAAAAUCCAAAGUGGGCCCGAAUACACAACAAACAAACAAACAAACAAACAAACAAACAAAUGCAAAACACCCAGUGGAGUUUAACAAAUCAACAUUUCUACACUGAUGUCCUGAGCCACUUCGUCCGCACUGCCAAUGUGACUUUAUAGAUUGUUUAGGCAAAUCCUGCCGUGUGUGUGUGUGUGUGUGUGUGUGUGUAGCUACUGGAUAAUCGCUUCAGGAAAUACACUUUUGUGCCGCGUCACAAGAGACGAUCAAUACGAAGUUACAGCUAAACAACAGUUGGCUCUGAUCUGGACCUGCACCUGAAUCUAUCUCUUUUUUUGUUCAAACCAUACAGAGGGAUGUGAUUUUUGCAGCGUUGCAACAGUCUCCAGGACCGUUCACUUCCUAAAGUCUCGGCAAAAACUCAAAGCACACAUCCAAGGAAAUAGCUGGCCAUGAACAAACAAGAUAUAAUGUGAGCUUUAGAGGGUGUGGUUGAUUUCUUUUUUUUUUUUUUUCUUAAACCCCAGAGACAGAGCAAAACAAGUGGUUAC